AUGCUUGAGCCAGCAGAUGUUCAAAUUUCAAGGUGGGCUAUAAAACAUAAAAUUACAAAUGCAGCUACUUCGGAUUUGUUAAACAUUUUAAAAUGUUGCUAUGAUUCAACAUUACCGGCUGAUGCCAGAACCCUUAUGAAAACAGAUUUAUCUCAUACUACAAUUCCUUUACAAAAUAUUUUACCGGGGAAAUAUUAUCAUUUUGGUAUAGGUAAUGGUAUCAAAAACAACUAUAAAGGAAACAGUGAAAAUCAUAUUUUGAAAUUAGCUUUUGGUAUCGAUGGAUUACCUUUAACGAAAAGUUCGAGUAGCGCAUUUUAG